AGAGUACGACGUGACGUAAACGACGGAUCCAAACAAGUAUCAGCUGUGUUGCAGUCAUUGUUCUCUGAUCUCUGACUCGUAUCGGUUUUGGCAGACAGAUCCCGUUUCCUUUGACAUUCACCAUCGGGUCUCGCGGAAACGGCGGGAAUAGCGACGGUGACUAGUCCGCGGCAAAGGACACGCGAGGAAGUGCGAACACUUUUAAGAUCCGACGCGACAAGUGGUGAGGAGAGAAAAAACGGGGGAAAGGCUCUUUUUUUCGUUCUUAACGCAAUCGUGGCUGCGCGCGUGCUUCUAUCCUGGCCCCAAUCUCAGUCCGUGCCAUUAUUCGCCAACGGUUAUCCCGUGGGACAAUAAUAGUGUGAAAAACGGGGCGGUACGCGCAUAAGCCUGGCCUCGAGCAGCGAGUCGGACGACGGUGGACUCGCUCCGCCACCGCGCAAAAGGUCCCGUAGUUCCGUACCGACUACCCUAAGACCAGCGGACGAGCACCACUCCUCCAGUCCGGACAUGGAUAAUUAUCGUAUGCAUGACAGCGUAAUGCAACAGCAGGCCUCAAACGGUGGUGUAUCUUCUGGACUGCAACAAAAUGGAGCUAAGGCAGAUUCUGGUGGGCCUCAUGCAAAUGGCAAUCUAUUACCAGAAUCAGAUAAUGACAUUAAUGGCGUAAAUGGAGAUAUAAAUCAGAGUUUGGGACCACCAAAAAUAAUGGAUAAAACUAAUCAAGACAUUGUGAGACUUAUUGGACAACAUUUAAAGACAGUUGGUUUAGAUCGGACAGCAGAUUUGCUUAUGCAAGAAUCGGGCUGUCGUCUAGAUCAUCCCGCUGCAGCAAAAUUUAGGCAGCAUGUUAUGGAUGGCGAUUGGAACAAAGCAGACCAUGACCUUAAUGAACUGAAGUCUUUUUUAGAUAGUGCAAACCAGAGUUUAGUGGAGAUGAAAUUCUUAUUGCUAGAACAAAAAUAUUUAGAAUAUUUAGAAGAAGGCAUGGUGUUUGACGCGUUACAUGUACUGCGCAAUGAGCUUACACCCUUGGGGCAUAAUACCGGUCGUAUUCAUCAGUUAUCUUUAUUUAUGAUGUGCAGUGGACGAGAUGAAUUACAGACACGUGCAGGUUGGGAUGGCAAAGGAUCAGCCUCCAGGGCUGCGCUUAUGGACAGACUGCAAAGAUUUCUGCCACCCUCCAUUAUGUUACCGCCACGCAGACUUCAUUCUUUACUUUGUCAAGCUGUGGACAUGCAAAAUCAACUCUGCACGUAUCAUAUAACACAUUCGCAGCAGACAAAUCUAGAAAAUGUCUCUCUACUUGUGGAUCAUAAUUGUGGCGAGGAACAGUUUCCGUGCCAUACCAUACAGGUACUCAACGAUCACUGCGACGAAGUUUGGUAUUGCAAAUUCUCACCCGAUGGUCUCAAGCUCGCCACAGGUUCUAAAGAUAUGACUGUAAUUAUAUGGGAUGUAGAUCCAGAAACACUAAAAGUGACGCAUAGGAAAACACUUGAAGGUCAUACAUAUGGUGUAGCGCUAAUUGCUUGGAGCCCUGAUAGCAAUCAUCUAAUUGUUUGCGGUCCUGAAGAUUGUCCAGAACUGUGGCUUUGGAGUAUCGAUACGCCUGAUUGCGAAUUACGCGUAAAAUUGACACAAAGCACGGAUGACUCGCUGACAGCUUGUGCCUGGCAUCGUGAUUCGAAUAAAUUUGUGACGGGAGGAAUUCGUGGUCAAUUUUAUCAAUGCGAUAUGGACGGCAAUGUUUCUGAUUCAUGGGAAGGAGUAAGAGUAAAAUGUCUGUGGUGUCGCAGUGACGGGAGAACUGUUUUAGCGGCUGAUACACAUCACAGAAUUCGCAGCUAUACUUUCGACGACUUAGGCGAUGCCACUAUAUUACAAGAGGAUCAUCCCAUUAUGUCAUUUAGCGUAGACAAAUCAGAUCGACUCGUAUUACUUAAUGUGGCAAAUCAAGGUGUGCAUCUUUGGGAUUUAGAAGAUAAAUGCCUUAUAAGGCGUUUUCAAGGCGUCACUCAAGGACAUUUUACUAUCCAUAGCUGUUUCGGAGGAGUUAAUCAAGAUUUUAUUGCCUCUGGCAGUGAAGACAAUAAAGUGUAUGUGUGGCAUAUCAAAAGAGAACUGCCUAUAGCGAUUCUUACAGGACACAGUAGAUUAGUCAGUUGUGUUUCAUGGAAUCCAGUGUACCAUCAAAUGAUGGCUUCUGUAUCGGAUGAUUUUACAGUGAGGAUAUGGGGCCCGAGAUCAUUUUCUUCAGAUGGAGAAAAUGAUAAGACAGUUUCGCUUGAAACCAACUCUUCAAAUAGCAGCGGUUGGCACGAGAUGGUAUCGUAGCGAAUUACAGUUCUCAGUGUUCCCAUGACCUCAUGGUGUUCAAAAGACUGUCAUGUUGACAUUUGACUGUCGUACUGUCCUGUUGAUUGUCAUACUGACAUUUUACUGCCUUCUGUAGCAGUUGCUCUUCUAUACCUCUUGUCAAUCUUAAUCAUCCACUGUGUACACACACACAGAGGUAACAGGAGGAAUGUAUAUGUUUAGCAACAACUGCUAAAUUGCCUGCAAUUAUUAAAACCAAAAUCAACCAUUGUGCGUAAUUAUCACAUUUGUGUAUUCUUUUUUUAUAGUACCUUUAAAUAUUUUACAUGCAUCCAUAUAUAUGGCAGCCGUUGUGUUAUCUUAAAAAUUUGAAUGAUUUAAUCGUCGGAGCUAAUAAUCGAAAAUAUGUGACGCAGCAUAACACGAUAUAAAGUAGGUCAUAUGACAGAGUAGAAAACCAAGAAAGUUCCGUCUUAGGAUUGUGUAAAGGUAAAAUUAUGUAAACAAGAAUAUGGAAUGCAUCCAUGUAUUGGGACAGUAUCGUAGAAACACUAUGUUUUGACAGGAAUUUUGUCAAAUUUGACUAUAAUUGUAUCAAUAAAUAUUGUAUAUAACAGUUUCAGAUCUAGAGUUUUAUUCUAAGUGGUUUAUUGAUUAAUGACUCAAACAUUAUCUUGGAUAUGUGACGUCGUAAUUUUCAUCUUUUAUUGAGAAUAAAUAUUUAAUUUUCAAAUAUUGUGAUCUCACAAGGAAUUAUUGAACUUUGUAGAUUGAAACAAAAAUUCGAAAAUAUUUGAUGCAGAAACGAUCUUGUUGCGUUCACAGCAGCACACCAAACUGUAGAAAUAAAAAGCGAUAGUUGUCUGAAGUGGCUUUAUUGUUUAGGCUUUUAUAAAAGAAUAAUUAUAUAUUAAUUUUUAGUUAGAAUUAUAAUUAUGAUUGCAAGUGCAUGAGUGCAAAAAAAGUUAUCCAGUCCAUGUAUAUCAUUAGGCUGUAACUUUAUAGUAAAGCAU